ACCAAGCGAAUUACCUUUUAAUGGUGAAAAUGUGACGCCACUUGACUAGGCGUCCAUCGAGUUUCAAAAUUGCAUCUUCCUCAAACACAAAAGAAUGGUACACAUCGAAAUUAGGGCCUUAUUUCGACAAAAACACCAAAGAACAAAUACUCUAUUUGACGAAAGUGCCCACACGCGCCUAUGGCGUACAGCAAUGACUGCCGCAUUUGUUCAUUGGAGUUCCAGAAUUAACAAAACAAUAUCAUAAUGAAAUAACUAGGAUAUUGUGUUGUUCUUAAACCAUUUACCCCACAUUUCUCAUGAUCAGAUUGGGUUUUAUAGGAUUAAUACAUCGAUCUGCAAUCGUCCCAUUUACCGAGCUAGAGUGAGAGAUUUUGCAGCACCCAAGCUUCAGGAGCCCUGAGUAAUGUAAGCUUGAACAGCUCCUGUCCCAGCAGUGGCCAUCUGCACAAUGGGGCUGGACUUUGACGUGAAGACUUUCUGCCACAACCUCCGGGCCACCAAGCCCCCUUACGAGUGCCCCGUGAAGACCUGUCGCAAGGUCUACAAGAGCUACAGCGGCAUCGAAUACCACCUCUACCACUACGACCAUGACAACCCAACGCCUGCGCAGGCCAUGCCCCAGAAGAAGAGGAAGGGGCGCCCGCCUCGAGCGUCCCUGGUUGGGGACGGAGAGGGAGGGGUGGGAAAGGGAGGUGGACUGGGUGGGCAGGGAGCGAACACCCCGGGGAGUCCUAACCGGUCUGAGCACUCCCACUCCCCAGGCAGGGAGACGAUGACCUACGCCCAGGCCCAGCGCAUGGUGGAGCUGGAGAUCCAUGGUCACAUCCACCGCAUCAGCAUCUUUGAGAACAUUGACGUGGUGUCGGAGGACGACAGCGGGGCCGAAGACCCUCCAUCCUCGGGUGGAGGGGGAUGUGGGGGAGGGGCGUGUAAUGGGGGAGAAAGCGGGGGAGGAGGGAGUGAGGCGGGUGGCAACGGAAAGGACAGGCAUGACACACCUGCUGCUAACGCAGGGAAGGCCACAUCUAAGUCUGGGAAGCACAAGAGUAAAGAGAAGAAGAAGGAGGUAUCAUCGCACCACCACAGUGCUUCCUGUGGCCCGGCGGUCAAACUGCCUGAGGUGGUGUACAGAGAGCUGGACCAAGAGAGGCCUGACGCACCCACAAGACAUUCCUCCUACUACAGGUACAUAGAUAAGUCGGUAGAGGAGCUGGAUGAGGAGGUGGAGUAUGACAUUGAUGAAGAGGACUACAUCUGGCUGGACAUCAUGAAUGACAAGCGGCGUAGUGACGGGGUGACGCCCAUCCCCCAGGAGGUGUUUGAGUACCUCAUGGACCGGCUGGAGAAGGAGUCCUACUUCGAGAGCCACAACAAGAUGGACCCCAGCGCCCUGAUCGACGAAGAUGCCGUCUGCUGCAUCUGUAACGACGGCGAGUGUCAGAAUAGCAACGUGAUCCUGUUCUGUGACAUGUGUAACCUGGCCGUACACCAGGAGUGUUACGGUGUGCCCUACAUCCCUGAGGGCCAGUGGCUGUGUCGGCGCUGCCUCCAGUCCCCUAGCCGGGCCGUCGACUGUGCCCUCUGCCCCAACAAGGGCGGAGCUUUCAAACAGACGGAUGACGCACGCUGGGCCCAUGUGGUGUGUGCCCUCUGGAUCCCUGAGGUGUGUUUUGCCAACACUGUCUUCCUGGAGCCCAUCGACAGCAUAGAGCACAUCCCCCCGGCGCGCUGGAAGCUCACUUGCUACAUCUGCAAGCAGCGCGGCUCAGGCGCCUGCAUCCAGUGCCACAAGGCCAACUGCUACACAGCCUUCCACGUGACCUGUGCCCAGCAGGCCGGCCUCUACAUGAAGAUGGAGCCUGUCAGGGAGACCGGUGCCAACGGCACCUCCUUCAGCGUCCGCAAGACCGCCUAUUGCGACAUCCACACCCCGCCCGGCUCUGCACGCCCCAUCGGGGGGGUGGGAGGGGCUAGCAUGGGCUCCUCCCACAGUGAGGGCGAGCUGGAGGAGGACGAUGAACCCAGUAUAGGUCACGAUGACGACUCCAAGGGCUGGAGCUCAGAGCGGGCCAAGAGGGCCAAGGCUAAGUCCAGACUGAAGAUGAAGAGAGCCAGGAAGAUACUGGCUGAGAAGAGGAAUGCCGCGCCUGUGGUAUCUGUGCCUUGUAUACCCCCACACAGGCUCAGUAAGAUCACCAGUAACCUGACAGUGCCCAGGAAAAGCCAGUUUAUGCAGCGACUGCAUAGCUACUGGACCCUGAAGAGGCAGAGCCGAAAUGGAGUCCCUCUGCUGCGCCGGCUCCAGACCCACCUGCAGUCGCAGCGCAACACAGAGCAGCUACAUCCACAGCCACAGGCGCCAGAGUCACAGGUUACCACGAGGGACAGUGAGGAGAAUAACUUGGCUCUGAAGGAGCAGCUGAAGGCAUGGCAGAGACUGAGACAUGACCUGGAGAGAGCCAGACUACUGGUGGAGCUCAUCCGCAAGAGAGAGAAACUCAAGAGGGAGACGAUUAAGGUGCAGCAGAUGGCUCUAGAGAUGCAGCUGACUCCCUUCCUGGUCCUACUGAGGAACACCCUGGAGCAACUACAGGACAGAGACACCAGCAACUUCUUCACUGAACCUGUCCCUCUGGCUGAGGUGCCAGACUACCUGGACCAUAUCGAGAGGCCUAUGGACUUCCAGACCAUGUGGAAUCUACUUGAGUCUCACUGCUACCUCAGUUUCGAGGCUUUCGAGGCAGACUUUGGCCUCAUUGUCAACAAUUGUCUCAAAUACAACGCCAAGGACACCGUGUUCUACCGCGCCGCUCUGCGCCUCCGGGAGAUGGGCGGGGCCGUGAUCAGGACCGCCCGCAGACAGGCUGAGCGAAUCGGCUUGGACUAUGACACAGGCAUGCACCUCCCCCGAGAGCCCAGCCCGGACAGCCAGCGUGACAGAGAGCGAGACCGAGAGAGGGAGCGGGAGAGAGAAAGGGACAGGGACCGAGAACGAGAGAGGGACCGAGACGGAGACAGGCCGCUGUCUUCCAAUGAGGAGGACCUGCUCUUACAAGAGAACCGGCGGCGGCUGCCAUUGGAGGAGCAGCUGUGUUUUCUGCAGGCGCGCUUUGAUGAGGUCAGCUCGGGGAAGCACAGCAUCGGUCGGUCACGGCGGGCCAAAGCCCUGAGGAAAGAGAUGACGGUCAUCAAGAGGAAACUGGCCCACCAGAGAGAGGGGGGUUCGGGCAUGGGAGGCAGGGACUCAGGGGCCGGAGGGGACAGGGGACCAUCCCUCCCCCAUCACCCCUCCUCCACGGGACGCCAUGACGAGGGGGAGGAGAGCAGCAGUCAGGAGAUCAGUGGCAAGGCUCCAGAGGUGGGACGUCGUACCUCUGUCCUCUUCUCCAAGAAGAACCCCAAAACGGCCGGACCCCCCAAGAGGCCGGGCCGCCCCCCUAAGAACAGAGAUGCGGGGGUAAGCCCUAGUCCGAUAGGUCCCCCCCAACUGCCCCUCCUGUCCCCCCCUCGGCAGAGGAAGAGACCCCGCAGCCCUCACAGCAGCUCCAGCUCCGAGAGUGACAGUGACGACCUUCUUCCGAGUCUGCCCACUAAUGGUUUUGUUGGGGGCAACCAGCCGGUGACAGAGAGUUUUCGGGUGUACAGGAAUGAGAGGAGCCUCCCUCGAUCCAGCUCUGACUCUGAAUCCACCACUAGUAGCAGCAGCAGCGCUGCCUCUGACAGAACCAGUACCACUCCGUCUAAGCAGGGCCGGGGGAAGCAGUCGUUCUCUCGUUCCGCCUUCCAGGAGGACAGCAGUGAGGAGACAUCAGGGACAGAGAAUGACUCCUACUCUGUGGGAGGGUCACGUAGUGUCUCACACUCAGGGUGGGGCCGGGGCCGAUCAGGUUGUAGGAUGCCAUCAGAUCACUACUCUUCCCUUGAUGCUCUGGACCUGGUGUGGGCCAAGUGUAGAGGCUACCCUUCAUACCCUGCUCUGAUCAUAGAUCCUAAGAUGCCCAGGGAGGGGGUAUUCCACCGAGGGGUCCCCAUCCCCGUGCCCCCCCUGGAAGUCCUGAAGCUGGGGGAACAGAUGACCCAGGAGGCCCGGGAACACCUCUUCCUGGUUCUCUUCUUCGACAACAAGAGAACCUGGCAGUGGCUGCCGCGCUCUAAGCUGGUUCCUCUGGGGGUGGACCAGGAGCUGGACAAGGAGAAGAUGCUUGAGGGAAGGAAGUCCAACAUCCGCAAGUCAGUGCAGGUGGCCUACCACCGUGCCAUGCAGCACCGCAACAAGGUCCAGGGAGACCCCAGCAGUGACACCAGUGACAGCGACUGAGCACACACACACACGCGUCUUUGCUGGCCUCCCGUUAUAUUGAUAGGUCUGUGUGUUGAUUGAUAUACCCUGUGGCCUUGGAGAGCAAUACUCUAGCACCCAGCACACAGGAGAAUCAAUGUGCCGGUAUAACCUAUUGGAAAGCACAUGCAACAUCCUUUUCUCUCUCACUCACACACACACACGUAUGUUGUUGACACACACAGUGGUAUUUAAUAUGAGAUGUAAAAUAUGUAUUUAAGAGAAUUGAAACAAAAAGGCUAUUAAGAGGAUGGAAGACAAUGCUAUGCCUAGAAUCAUGAUGGAAAAUUGUCCUUGUAUGUGGUUGAUAUGAGUGUUUACCAGCUCCUGAAAAACAGGAUCUGCAAACAGAGGGUUGUAUCACGCAAAUAUGCGCAUACACACUUGUAUACAGUCAGGUCCAAAGUGAUUGCCACCCUUGAUAAAGAUUAGCAAAAAAGACUAUAAAAUAAAUAAUACAAAUACUCUGCUAUAUUGUAUGCAAAAAUAUUCAAAAACUAAUUAUUUUAUACUAAUACAAUUCCUCAGAGAAAGAGAUUUUGAUGGUGGGGGUAAAAAGUAUAGGCACCCCUAUUUUCAAUUCCUGACCUUGCGAGGAUAAUGGCACUGAGCCUUUUUCUAAAAUGUUUUCUGAGAUUGGAGAACACAUUGGGAGAGAUCUUAGACCAUUUUGUUAUUUUAUGUUCAAUUGACCAUUUCUUUGUGGAUUUUGAUGUGUGCUUGGGGUUAUUGUCUUGCUGGAAGAUUCACUUGCGGCCAAGUUUCAGCCUCCGGAGGCAACCAGGUUUUUGGCUAAAAUGUCCUAGUACUGGGUAAAUUUGACCGUAACAAGGGCCCCAGGACCAGUGGAAGCAAAAUAGCCCCGUACAGUCGAAGAUCCACCCCCAUAUUUUACAGAAGGUAUGGGGUUCUUUUCUGCUCACGCAUCCUUAUUUCGAUGCCAAACCCACCACUGGUGUGCGUGGCUAAAAACCUCUAUUUUACUAAUCUUUAUCAAGGGUGCCAAUCAUUUUGAACCUGACUACAUUCAAACAGGGAAAUGCAUACACACUCACACAAAGCUCUUCUCAUAGGAAAAUAUACACACACAUCCACACACCCCAUUGUGUGCACUUAUGGUUUGAAAGUACCACUGGUCCAGCAACCCCUCUGCCGCCGCCCCCUCUUACCCCAUGUCCAAUCACGGCCCAAUGGAGCACGAGGUCGGAUGGCAUGGCCAAUCAACUGAGCAAAGCAUCUUCCUCUGUUAUUUAUUCCGUCUCCCAAGGACCUCCAGUCUUCUUCUUCUCCACUAGUCUAACUGACCGUCUUCACAACACUGCAUUGUGCAGUCGUUUCCUCUACUCUUCUGUAUAUGAUUUUUUUGGUCGCCUCUGUUUACAUCUCCUUUUGUUCUUGUCUGUUGUACAAUUCUGGCUGCUGGUGAAUAAUGAGGACUAAUGUAAAUGUGGACAUGAUGAAACACGCCAGCCUCACUGUCUGUUCUAGUCUCAGGCCAAUGGCUUUAGAACUUUUAUAUAUACAGAUUACAUAAGAUAGAAGUUUAAUAAAAUAAUUGAGUUUUGUA